AUGGGCUCCGAUGGAUUACUUCGCGUUGGUGGAAGACUUCAGAAUGCAAACCUGGACUACGAUAGGCAGCAUCCGAUAUGGUUACCCAAGGAUCAUCCAGUUACCAAGGCAAUCAUUGUAUAUUUUCAUAUAAAAUAUUUGCACGCAGGAUCGCAAGCAUUACUUGCCACAUCAAAGCAAAGAUAUUGGCCAAUUGGAAGACGAAAGUUCGUGGCUACCGUUAUCAACAAAUGCGUCAGAUGUUUUCGGAUGAAGCCUGUCACUUGGGAGCACGUUAUAGGCAGCUUGCCAGCAAAUCGAGUUCAGGCUAACCCAUCAUUUCAUACCACGGGAGUGGAUUAUUGUGGACCAUUUUAUCAAAAGGCAGAGGCCCGCAACAAGGCGCCUCACAAGUGCUACAUUGCCGUCUUUGUCUGCUUCUCUACGAAGCCCACGCAUUUGGAAGUCGUCCACGAUCUCACAACGGAUUCUUUCAUCGCAGCGUUCUGA